AUGCAGCUCCUGAUGAACCCCGAGUUUGAUUUAACGCUGCAUCCCUGCCUGCCAAGGACCAGCAGUCUAAAUGCUGCCGUUGCCAUCCCUGUCCCCACGGAGGGGCCACUUGCUACGGGCACAGUUUUUCCCUCCGCUGUGGAGAGCCAAGCGCCCCGUGCCCUGGUGCCGGGGACUGCAGAGAUGAGCACCGUGGUGCCUCUGCCGCCGGCCACCACGGCUGACGUCCCUGCCUCGCUGACGGAUGGCCUCCUCGGUGGAGGACCCACGAGCCCGGCCUUCGCCACCGGAGCAGAGCUGAGCGACAUGGCAACAGCAGCCACUGCAGCAAGCGAAUAUAGUCCCCGUUCAAUGGCAGGGAGUGAUGCUGAGGCCAGUCCAUCUCCUUCAGAGCCAGAAGAAACACAGGUGCCUGCCGGAGACCUCCAAGCUUUGACAAAUGCUACCAGCUCUGUUAACGUGUCUCAGGAAAAUGAUGCCGCAGCUGCAGAUGCUGCCUCGUUCUCCACACAUGAGCCCCUUUUCUCCCGUGGUGCAGAGCCCAAUAUCAUGGGAGCUACUCCUAGCACAUCCCUUGGUACUACCCUGGCCUCCCCACAAUUUGUGGACGUCAAGUGUCUCCUCUUCCCCGGCCACGGCAGCGCUCCCAGCGCGUCCCUAUCUGGUCCUGCCUCUUCCAGUGUUGUGGCUGCAGCAUCCUCUGCUUCAGAGAUUGAUGCAGGCACCAGCUCCAACCCAGCACUGGAUGCCUCCAGCUCGGUGUCCCUUGGACCUGAUGGACCCAAGUUACCUGGUGCCAGCACCUUGCCUGGGGCUGAUGAUGGAGCAGAGACAGCAGCAAGUCCCAACCUUGGUGCUGAGACCCUGUCCCUUGGAGGGUCGGAGCCACAGGGGACGCUGGCCCCAGGUGCCAGCACCCUGCCUGGGCCCGAGAAUGGAGCAGAGACAGCAGCAAGUCCCAACCUUGGUGCUGAGACCCUGUCCUUUGGCGGUUCAGAGCCGCAGGGGACAAGACUGAUGGAGCAGGACCCAUCCCAGAAGGAGCUUCUGGCCCUGAUGGUCUUUCUCAGGAGGCUUUUCAUCAUCUGGGACAGCCAGCGUGACUAUGGAGGGGACAGGCCUUCCCGACGCCAGUGGAGGAGCCGGUGGUUCGAACACAGCUGUUUCUGGCCCAGGGGCUUCAGCCCCGUGGCCACUGUCCCAGCCUCACAAGCCUCGCUUCGCAAGGUGAUCCCCAAGCCAGGAGUGAACGGGGCAGCUGCUCUGCUCCCCCAGGGGUCAUCCAACGUGGUUCCAGCUCCGCUGGGGGGUCCCGUGGCCCCCGCCGUCCCGCUGCCUGUGACUGCAGCGGUGCCCCUCUACUCAUACGGAACAAGGGAAAAUGAUCGCGAGUAUGUGGAAAGACGAGUGGACUUCAAUUCACCACUUUUCAAGCCUGAGACCGGAUUCCCCUUUGGGAAAGCCCUGCGUGAUUCUCUCUACUUCACAGACAACGGACAAAUCAUCUUCCCAGCCUCAGACAAGAACCUCUUCCCAUUCUCCAGCCCACCUCCCGGUGGGUUUAAUGGCCGCGAGAAGGUUCCCAUGAUCGCCGUGUUUUGGGACGAUGCUGACUUCUCCAGAGGGGUUGGCACCACGUUCUACCAGGAGUUCUUCACCCUGAACUCUGCCAAACCUCCCUUUGUCCUUGAUGUGGAAGCCAAGAUUCGACGGUACAUGAAAACUUCAUACUCGGCGGUGUGGACCCUGAAGAUCACCUGGGAGAAGGCUCCUGCCCACACAGCGCGGACAGACACCAGGAGGACAAGCACAUACCAGGCUGUGCUCACCACUGACGGCUUCAGAUCCUACCUCCUGAUCCUGUACCAAGACGGAGGCAUGAGAUGGGAUUACGGCCAGCUUGCUGCUACAAAUGUGCUUAUCGGCUAUUCCAGGUAG